UUUGACUCUCUGAACUCCUGUUUAAGGAUGUAAUUCGUUUUGCUCCUCGUUUUCAAGGCUCAGAGGGAAGCAGCGAGGAUUCCAAGGUCCCACCGUCCUCACAGCCAAUGAAGGGCCAGCGAGGGAGGAGCCUGGCGCAGCUAGAGCUUCUAAGGAAAUCAUCCUCCCUCUGUGCCUGGCUUCUGAGCUCUGCUGCAUCUGUCACAGCAGAGCAAAAUAAUAAACCAGUAGAGGUGAAACGCUGAAUGCUUGGAAUGCUGUAGCACUUUCUGAAACAUUUGCUGAGGGUUCCCGUGGAGCACGCGCUUUUCAAACGAAUUCUUUUUGAAGCUGGUUUGGGUAACUGGGAAAAUGAUACAUAUGCUAAAUACAGCCGCUGAUCGAGUGAAGUGGACCAGAUCCGGUGUUGCUAAGAGGGCUGCCUGCCUGGUGGCUGCGGCAUAUGCUCUGAAAACCCUCUAUCCCAUCAUUGGCAACCGUUUGAAGCAAUCUGGCCAAAGGAAGAAGAAAGAAGCUUGCCGGGCUGCAGAGAACAGACAAGUGCUGCAUUGCACCGAGACCAUUUGUAAAAAACCUUCUCCUGGAGUGAAUGCAGAUUUCUUCAAGCAGCUACUGGAACUUAGGAAAAUUCUCUUUCCAAAACUUGUGACCACUGAAACAGGAUGGCUCUGCCUCCACUCAGUGGCUCUAAUCUCAAGAACCUUUCUGUCUAUCUAUGUGGCAGGUCUGGAUGGGAAAAUCGUAAAAAGCAUUGUGGAAAAGAAACCUCGGACUUUCAUCUUCAAAAUAGUCAAGUGGCUUAUGAUUGCCAUUCCUGCUACCUUUGUCAACAGUGCAAUAAGGUACCUGGAGUGCAAGUUGGCUUUGGCCUUCAGAACUCGCCUUGUAGACUAUGCUUAUGAAACCUACUUUGCAAAUCAGACUUACUAUAAGGUGAUCAAUAUGGAUGGGAGGCUGGCAAACCCUGACCAGUCUCUUACUGAGGACAUCAUGAUGUUCUCACAGUCUGUGGCUCAUUUGUAUUCCAAUCUGACCAAACCUAUUUUAGAUGUAAUUCUGACCUCCUAUACACUCAUCCAGACUGCUACAUCCAGAGGUGCAAGCCCAACCGGGCCUACCCUGUUAGCAGGACUUGUGAUAUAUGCCACUGCUAAAGUGUUGAAAGCCUGCUCUCCCAAAUUUGGUAAAUUGGUGGCUGAAGAAGCUCACAGAAAAGGCUAUUUGCGUUACGUACACUCCAGAAUUAUAGCCAAUGUGGAAGAAAUUGCCUUUUACAGAGGACAUAAGGUAGAAAUGAAGCAACUCCAGAAAAGUUAUAAAGCUUUAGCUGAUCAGAUGAACCUUAUUUUAUCUAAACGCUUAUGGUACAUCAUGAUAGAGCAGUUCUUGAUGAAGUAUGUUUGGAGCGGCUGUGGACUAAUUAUGGUGGCUAUACCUAUUAUCACUGCAACUGGCUUUGCAGAUGGUGAUCUAGAGGAUGGUCAGAAACAAGCUAUGGUUAGUGAACGGACAGAAGCCUUUACCACUGCUCGAAAUUUAUUGGCCUCUGGAGCCGACGCUAUUGAAAGGAUCAUGUCUUCAUACAAAGAGAUUACUGAAUUAGCAGGCUAUACUGCCCGUGUGUACAAUAUGUUUUGGGUCUUUGAUGAAGUAAAAAGAGGCAUUUAUAAGAGAAUGGCUACCACUGAAGAGCCCGAAAAUCACAGCAAGAAUGAAAAUCAUAUAGAAUUACCCUUCAGUGACACACUGGAAAUCAAAGGAAAAGUUAUUGAUGUGGAUCAUGGAAUUAUUUGUGAAAAUGUUCCCAUAGUUACACCAGCAGGAGAAGUGGUGGCUUCCAGGCUUAACUUCAAAGUACAAGAAGGAAUGCAUCUUUUGAUAACUGGUCCCAAUGGUUGCGGGAAAAGCUCUCUCUUUAGAAUUUUAAGUGGGCUCUGGCCUGUGUAUGAAGGAGUCCUUUAUAAACCACCUCCUCAACAUAUGUUCUACAUUCCACAAAGACCUUAUAUGUCUCUUGGAAGUCUUCGGGAUCAAGUCAUUUAUCCUGACUCAGUGGAUGAUAUGCAUGAUAAAGGUUACACAGACCAGGAUUUGGAAUGUAUUCUACACAGUGUCCACCUGUAUCACAUAGUCCAGAGAGAAGGAGGAUGGGAUGCUGUUAUGGACUGGAAAGAUGUUCUGUCAGGAGGUGAAAAGCAAAGAAUGGGCAUGGCUCGUAUGUUUUAUCAUAAACCAAAAUAUGCACUGUUAGAUGAAUGUACCAGUGCUGUCAGCAUUGAUGUCGAAGGAAAGAUAUUUCAGGCUGCGAAAGGGGCUGGAAUAUCCUUACUGUCUAUAACGCACAGGCCUUCUCUUUGGAAAUACCACACUCAUUUAUUACAGUUUGAUGGUGAAGGAGGUUGGCGCUUUGAACAAUUGGAUACUGCUAUUCGUUUAACAUUGAGUGAAGAAAAACAAAAGCUAGAAUCUCAGCUAGCCGGAAUUCCCAAAAUGCAGCAGAGACUCAAUGAACUAUGUAAAAUUUUGGGAGAAGACUCUGUGCUGAAAACAGUCAGAAAAGAAGAUGAGACAUCUUAAUUCAUUUUGACAAGUUUUAAAAGUUAAUUUUUAGGUAAAGACUCACAGAUACCCUAUUAUAGUGCAUGCAUUGUGUUAAGCUAAGCACAGAAAAAAUGAAACCAGCAAGAAAUAUUUUAUAUAACUUUAGCAUCAGAGAAGCAGAUGGUCUAACUUUUCAGAAGAAAAUAAACAAAUGCAUGAUGUGAGAUUAGUCCUGAUGGCUUACACUAAUUCACAGUGAGAACCUAAUUGACCUGUAAAACAGGAUUUUCUAGGUGAAUUCAUGGUGAAUAUCUGAUUACUGUGUAUAAUGUGAUAUGUCUGAGAUUUUUUACUUGAGAGAUAUCUUGGAACUGCAAACUUAAGGAACAGCAUUUGGGCUGAUCUCAGGUGCAUAAAUAUUAGAAUUCUGAGUACCAUUUAAGUCUUCAUGAUUGAGAUGUUUAAUAGCUAUAAUUCAUGUUCUUUAUUGCUAGUGGCCAACUAAACCUUAUAUAAAAUACCUGAUAAUUUAAGAAAUAAUUUCAACAUAAAAAUAUUUUAAUGGCAAUGGUUGAGAGAAGAAAGCAUGGCUAAACAAGUACAAAAUGACAUUUUAAAAGUUUUUAAACUUCUAUCAUCUUGAUGCAGGAAUAUAAAAAUUAAUUGUAAUGAAAAUCUCACAUAUUUUGUAAUAAACCUUUUCAUUUUUAGAAGAAAUAUAGAAAUAGUGUAUCCAAACAAUGUUUGCCUCAGCAUGGUAUUUAGCCUAGCAGCAUUAUCUAUUACAAUUUCAGUCUAAAAAUACUAUUUUAUUGUGUGUGUUUGUGCCCAAAGGAGGAGUCCACAUUUCUAAAACUGUAGUACCACAAGCUGGGCAUGGUGGCACACAUUUGUAAUCCCAACACUCAGAAGGCUGAGGCAGGAGGUUCACUGUGAGUUCAAGGCUGGUCUGGGCUAACUAGUGAGUUCAAAUGUAGCCUGAACUAUGUAGUGAGACCUUGUCUCAAACAAAACAAAACAAAACAAAAAGUAGUACUACAAUAGAUUCUUAAAAUCAUAAUAAUAUUGGCAUACAUUGGAAUAGUACUUUAUAAUCUUCAUUUAAAUCAUUUCACUUUAACUUUUGUGGCAAUCUUUUGAGACAAGUAUUAUUUUUCUAUUUUGAUUUUGAGAAAAAUUGGCACUCAGACUUACCCUAAUUAUGUAAUUUAUUUAGAGAACAUCUGGGAGCACAUGAGUUUCACCUGACUAACUCAGCACUACUACCACCAUUAAACUGUAUUUACCUGGGUUAUAAUAAUAAAUACAGUGGGGUGGUAGAUGGCAGGAAGUAGGACUCUAAGCAAGGGAGCAAGAUGAGGGAAAAAUAAUCAAUAUAACAACUAGAUGAAACAUUGAAAAGGAAAUGUAUUUGGAAAUGUUAGUCAAGUUAUUUGAUUAUUGUUUAUAAGAAAUGAAAAUCAAGUAGAAUGUAGAAAGAUCACUGGUUUAUGGUUUUUUUUUUCUCUUUUUUAUUGGUACCAGGGAUCAAACUCACAACUGCCUGCUUGCAAGGCAGGUGCUUAUGCCGCUGAGCUAAACCACUGAGCUAAAUCCCCAGCCCCUACUGGUUUAUGGUUUAAAAUGAGCCAAGGGAGCUGGCACUUCUUUCAGCAAUUCACUGUCUUACUCAAUAUUAACGUACUUUGGCUACUGGUAACUGGAAGGGCAGUUCAUUAUAUUUUAGGCAAAUUUAUUAUUAAACAUUAGAAAUAAUACAUAUGUAUUAGUUGUAUGACAUAGAGCCUACCUAUUUACAUGGCCUGACUUGGAAGUACAACAGCCAGGACUGAUGGUUCUCUGUGCUACCAUGUUGACAGGCCAUUAAAAGUUGGAAUGAUAGUUUUAUGUGUAUAAUUAGACAUAGACAUCAUUGCUAAGACAUUGCUUAGACAUAAUUGCUAAGUCAAUGAUUCUUAGAAUUUUUGAUGAGAUAGAAAACCUGAAAGUCAUUUAUGGUGAUUGGUAUAGAACAUCAUAACAUAUCCACAUUUUUAAUUCUCCAAGAUAACUAGUACAUUUUGAAUUAUCAAUAAAUAUAACCAUCUUGUAUGAAGCAAUGCAAUAUAAAAUAAUCAGUAUAUUUGUCCAAGUUUUUCAGUUAGUAUCAUUAGCUGCUCACUUAUUCCCUUGGCUUAUUUAUUCAUAGUAUUAUUAGAAAAGUGAGGCAGGAAUUAAAUUUUUUUUAGAAAAAAGACAUGGAACCAAAGUCUAAACUAGGUAAAAAUUAUCUAUUGACCUUAACAUCUAUACUAGCAGUUAUUAAAUUUAUACUGCUGUUAGGGAAAUGUUUGAGACAAGUAUCUUACAUAACCUUUUACAAGUUCAAAUGCACAGUUUUCAUGCCUUAAUUUUCAUACUCAAGCACCACAAAAUACAAGCAAAGAACUCUACACACUGCAGUUUAAAUGUUAUAGUUUUUAGACAAACAGGUGUUCUGUGAGUUGUGUGUGUGUGUAUGUGCACACAUGCACAUAUGUACUUAUUUAUUUCCUGAUUUUUUUUUUCAGAAUCAAUAACCUCUAACCUGGAAGCGAAAAGAUCUAACUAGAAUUGUAUUUAUGUACCAGCUGUUUCCAAAAUAGUCCUAUAAUUCAUAUAAUUAUACUUUGUGAAAAACAUGAAAAAGAUUAAGAAACUAAAUAGCAUCCAUGAAUACAGCAAAAGAAUAGAUGAAGAAAGGAAAAACAUUUCAGAUUUCAAACUAUAUUAUCAAAAUGACUUACUUUUUUGGUCAAAAAAGCUAUUGUGGAGCUAUAUUAUAAAAUGUAUGUUUUGAGUGUUAAUUCAAGUGUGGAGAAUAAGCUGCAUUCAAUGAAAAUGUCACAUUAUAUUUCUACAGCAUACAUCAUACAAGCAUGAUUCUAAAAGAAUGUAUAUCCUUAUAAACAGGAUAGUGUGUAAAAACCUCUCUUGAGUAGUCUAAAAGAAAAUAAUAUAUCUUGAAAUCCAUCCAAAUUUUCAUGUCUUUCACAGUGGGCAUGCUUUUUUUGCCUUGAUAGUAAUUUCCUUUUUGUUCAAAUUUUAGCCUGUCAGUACAAGUAUAGAUGAACAUGUUUUUAUUUGAGACAUUGGUUCCAAAUAUAAUUUCAUAUUUUGCCAAUAGGCUGAGCCUAUUACAAUGUUGGAAUAUCUUUUGAUUCCAUAAGCCUACAGAAUUUUUUUACACAUUUGAACCCAAAUCAAGAGGGUGCUAUGCAGUUUUGAGAUGUGCAUAAAGAAGUAAAGCUUAAUAAAUUAUUGGUAUAACUCCUUUAUGAGCAAAAAUAAUUAUUAUUCUGAAGAUAAAUCACUUUCACAUAACCCAGGGUAUUUACAGUUCUGCUGACAUACAUUAGGUAUGUUGAAUAUGUUUUGGAGUUGUACUUCUAAUAUUUGCCAGAUAAGGACAUUCAGAUAAAUGUAUAAAAUAUUUUUAUACAUUGAAAACAAAUCCCUCUUACAUUGUUGGUGGAUUUCCUGAAUACCAAGUACAUAGGGCCAUACAGUUUUUAUUGUUGAAUUUUCAAAACCAAUUCCUUCUUACCUGCUGGUGUAUAUUAAGAAAAGAGGUAAAAAUUACUAUAUAUAUAAACAAGAACAUGACUGUAUAUGGACACAUUAUAGUACCAUCUCUAUUCAGUGUAGUUACGUGAGCUCAGCUUUCCUUGUGAAUUCCAUAAUCACCAUGGAAAAUCCUUGAUUAAUCAAAGAAAUGACAAAUCAUGCCGUGAUAGAAAAUGCUGCCCCUCUACUGUACCUGUCUGUGUUGGUUUGUGUGUACUCAUGCCUCAGUUACAAAUUGUGGGAUACAAAACCUUGUGAAGUGUUGUGCACAACAUAAAAUUUAUUUCUUUUUAAACUCAAAACCUUUAUUAAGUUCUAACUUAAUAUCACAGUGCAUAGCACUGUGAUAAGUUCUAGGAAUAAAUGAAAUAUGGUCCAGUGGAAGCUUACAGUCCAGUGGAAAUAACAGAAAUAUACUCAGUCAUAAAGUUAAUUGCUUUAUUUUUUAUCAAGUUGGCAUAAAAUACUGUGUAUACAUUCACUCAUUAAAUCUUCACACAACUAAUUCAACAAUGAAGAAAAAAGGUUUAAGUAAUUUAUGUAACUUCUUGCAGUAUCCCAGCACUGAAAUUUGAAACCAGCAGUGUUUGAUUAGAAAGCCUAUACGGUGCCGUAUCACCUUCCUUUUAAUUAUUUUAGGCCAUUCAUUACUAACUUUUUUCUGGUACUGAGGAUUGAACCCAGGGCCUUCACACUGAACUACAUCUGCGGCCCUUUUAUACUUUGUUUAUUUAUUUAUUUUGAGAUAGAAUUUCACUGAAUUUCCUAGGCUGGGCUUAAAUUUGGGAUCCUUAUGCAUCCGCCUUCCAAAGUGAUGGGAUUACACAUGUGUACCACCAUUAUGAACUAUUAUUGCUACUUUAAAUUGAAGUUUCAGUGUGUGUGUGAGUAACCAAGCCAAUAUAUUUUGUCUUAAAAGAGAAUUCAUGCAACAUAAAUUAUAAUUUUCAAGAUAAAUUAUGGAUGUUUCAUUAUCAAUUAUGAGGUGGAGCAAACACAAAUUUUCAAAUGUUUUGAGGUACAAAUGUUCAAACUAAUUCUAAUUCAUUCACUCAAUAAAAACUGACACAUUCAAGGUAUCAGCUACUGUGUUAGAGAUUAAGACGAGCAAGACAGAGGGCUGGGGAUUCAGCUCAGCAGCAUAAGCGCCUGCCUUGCAAGUGUGUGGUUGUGAGUUCGAUUCCUGGUACCGAAAAAGACAGAAAAAAUUUUGGGACUGGGGAUUCAGCUCAGCGGCAUAAGCACCUGCCUUGCAAGCAGGCGGUCGUGAGUUCAAUCCCUGGUACCAAUAAAAAAAAAAAAAAAAAAAAAAAAGACAAGCAAGACAGACUGGCUCUUUGUACUGGUGCAGCGUUUCCGAUCAGUAAUGAACAGUGCUAAGAGUGUUGGAUGUUGUGGUUUGUUUUUUAGUAUAUUUUCAAUUCUUGGAUGUCCUGCCUAAGACCAUCCUGGUAUACCUUCUAAGCAAUAAACGUAUUUUGGUAGCAGAAUUCCUUUGAUUCUGAAUAUGAUAAUCCUCACAAUCCAUUUUAGUCUACAUUAUAAGGCAAAAUAAAACCAAUCCACUGGAUUUUGCCAAUAGGUACUCCUAUGCAGUAUUGUUUUGAUAGUUGGGAAAUAUCUACAAUCCAGAUCAUGUAAGACAAGUCAGAUUUAUAUACUCCAAAGCAUAUCUCUCAUUACCACAAAAUGCACAUAGUAAUUAUAUCAAGAAAAAUGAUGAACCUAGUUCCAAAGCUCCUGUGUUUAGGUUAUCUUGUUGCACAAUGUAGGCCAAAUCUCCAAGCUCCUUAUAGACAGAAUCUACAGAAAUGAGGCUAAUGUAAACCCAAGCAGACACAUGUUUUUUUCUACAACCUACAUACAUCUGCAUGCAUAUAUACCAUACACAAUUCUUCAGAAUACACAGAUUUUAAUUUUUAUUUAUUUAUUUUUUACUUUUUUUUUUUUUUUUUUUUUGGGUACUGGGGAUUGAACACGACCUCACACUUGCCAGGCUGGUGCUUGUGCCACUGAGCUAAAUCCACAGCCCAGUAUACACAGAUUUUGAGGACUUAAGUAACAAUAGAAUUUUUAUUGUUGUAAAGAGCAUGCAACAAAAAUUUUCAUCUUUAGUGUUUUUUAAUGUGUAGCUCAGAAGUCAAAUGUAUUCACAUUGUCGUAAAACAGAUUUCCAAAACUCUAAAACCCUGUAUCCAUUAAACAACUCUUUUAUCUCUCUGUCCAAUCCCUGAUAGCUACUAUUCCACUAAUAAGACUUUCACUACUUCAGAGAAGUGGAAUAUACAGUGUUUGCCUUCACUUAGCAUAAUGUCCUCAAGAUUAAUCGAUGUUGCAGCAUGUGACAAGAUAUUCCCUUCCUUAGAGGAUGAAUAAUAUUCAGCCAUGCUUUAGUGUUGCUGCUUCCUCUUGGCUGCUGUGACUACAGCUUCAGAAGCAUGAGUGCUUUGGUUCACUCACCAGUGAACUGCUGAAGUUUACAUCUUUGUGGGAUAGCCAUACACUCACAGUGGAUGCACCAUUUUACAACCCUACCAGGAGCGUACAAGAGCUCUGGUUUUUCUACAGCCUCACCAAUGUUUAUUUUCUGCUCUUGAAAAAAGAGCCAUCCUAAUGGGCCUGAAGUGAUAUUGCUGUCAUAACUAGUGCUGUUUAGUACCUUUGAACAUACUGUUGCCCAUGUGUAUAUCAUCCUUGGAGAAAUAUCUUUUUAAAUCUUUGCUUGAAAAGUUUGUUAGGAUGUUGAAACUUGUUUCGUGUUAUUCAGGGACCACCAUGAUCUAACCCAGUCUGAUUCCUCUGCUUCCAAACUCUCUCCCUUUUCCCUCCUUUAUUCUUCUGUUCCUAUUACUUGGUCUCAUUCCUUUUCUUCUUAGACAUUAAUUUCAUCUCGGCCAAUAUGGUCCUUGCCACACCAUCUUUGUCUAAAGGAAGCCUAUCUUGCUCUAAGGACAUUUCAAACUCUAGUUAUGUAUUACUUUCUCCUUUCUCUGCUUGCAAAGGAGAAGACUUUAUUUGAAAUCCUGUUAUUAUGUUUAUCAUGCUACCUUUUAUUAUUUGUGUAGAACGUACCUUUUAAUGCAACUUAUUUCAGUUUAUCUUAAUAGCUUGUUAAUUGGUUCUCCCUGAUUGUACCUCCUUGUGAACUCUAGACUUGGAUUCUUGCUUUUCUUACUGCAGUAUUCACCUAAAACAACUCAAGGCAGGUGGGAGACACUGGAAAAGUGUUUGUUCAAUAAGGGCAUAAAUGGAUGAGUGAGAAAUCAAAUAUUACUCAUUGAUGAGAAUGAAUGAAAACCAAUGAUAGAAAAUCAAGCAUGGAGACUCACACCUGUAAUCCCAGUACUCUGGGAAGCUAAAGCAGAUGGAUCACAAGUUACAGCCCAUGUUGGGCAUUUUAAAGCUCAUCUCAAAAAAAAAAAAGUCACUGAAAGAGAAAUUUUAAAAAGUGUACCUUUUCCUUCACAUCCUUGUAUAUUAACCAAUACUGCUAACUAAAUCAUGUUAAAAUUUUUUUGUCUUUUCUGAAAAAAUAAAAAAUUUUAUGAUCUUGGGAAA